UGAUGGAGGAAACUAUGAAAACCCCAAAUAGAUCAGAGAAAUGAUAAAUUUUAUUGUGUUUACUUGACCUAUAAAGAACACGAUAGAAUAAAAUCUUCCUUUCCCAAUGUUUGGCGCGCAAGAAACAACCCUGUUUUGCUUUUUGUUUGUGUGCGGAAAACCACCCCUAUGGGGACGCUUGCUUCCCCCAAUUGGGUUGUCAACUUUUGUGGUAUUCUGAAAAAGGCGUCGACAGAGGCGAGUAGAGAAUUCAAUGUGUCUAUAUUUCCUUAAGCAAGUUGCGCUAAAAUAUUAUAAAUUAAAAUAGUUGAAAGAUAUAACUGCAGUGAGAUUGAGAGAAAUAUUUGAAAAAUGAGUGAAAUUCUGUUUAAAGGCGCCUAAAAAUUGAAAAACGCGAAAUUCCGUUGAAUAGAAAUAAGAAAAACUACUAAACUGUAUACAGACACAGAGGGAAAAACAGUUAUGGCAGCCGGAUGGGGGUCUGUCGGGGGUUGGGGUGGCCCAAACUUUGUGUGUAUAGUUGUUGUUGCCCUUGGGCUUUGCGUGUUAUUGUUUACAUGCGAGGUGAACGGCAAUUCAGCGAAUGCCAUCGACAUGGAGGAGCCGGCACGACGUCACCAUCAACGACACCACACCGAAUACGAGCGGACUGGGGGACGGGAUGGGGAGCGGGAGGAGAAGGGCUACUGCGCGCCGUAUAAUGGUAAAAUAUGCAAGCAGUUCAUCAGUGGACCCGUGUGGUACAGUCUGGAGGAUCCAAGUGGCGGCUGGCGCAACGAACAGGUGACAACGGCUCUCUGGGAUGAGUUAAUUGUGGACUUGACGGGACUUUGCCGGGAAGCGGCUGAGAAAUUGCUUUGUGCUUAUGCCUUUCCACGUUGCCACGUGGAGAACGGACGUUCCAUCAAAGCGCCGCUGUGCUUCGAGGAUUGCCAGGCAACGCAUCUGCAGUUCUGUUACAACGAUUGGGUUCUGAUCGAGGAGAAGCGGGAGCGCAACAUGUUCCUCAAGAAUCGCGCUCACUUCCGGCUGCCCAAUUGCUCAGCGUUGCCUCACUAUGAUGCCGAUGCCAGCAUGCGGCGUCCCAGCUGCUCCUACAUUGGCCUCGCUGAGAUUAAGGAGUCGGAGGUCAGCUAUGACUGUCGCAAUGGCAAUGGGCGUUACUAUAUGGGCACCAUGAAUGUCAGCAAGUCGGGCAUACCCUGUCAGCGCUGGGACACACAGCAUCCGCAUAAGCACAUACAACCGCCUCUGGUCUUUCAGCAGUUGACCGAGGGCGAGAACUACUGUCGCAACGCAGGUGGAGAGGAGCCCCAGCCCUGGUGUUAUACCCUGGAUGAAUCCGUGCGUUGGCAGCACUGCGAUAUACCCAUUUGUCCGGACUAUGUGGAUCCCAAUGCCAAGGAUCUCAACACGCCCAUUAAAAUGGAGGAGUUCUUCACACCCUCGAUGAUAUUUCUGCUAGCCGGGAUUGGAUUCCUUGGAAUUGUGGCUUUACAUUUGAUAAUACUACUGGCUUAUAAGAUGACCAAGCACAAGGAUUACACGCAGCCAUCACAGGCACCUCACGGUGAUUGCAACGCCUCGGUGCGAGGGGAUUGCAAUCUAUCCGCCAGUCGAGAGACGCUCGGCUCGACAGGAUUUGCUCCCACGAAUGCCAAGUGCGGAACUAUACGCAGCACGGCGACAAUACACAGCAACUGUAUCAUGUUGACCACGACAGCGGCAAUUCAGGAGCCGAAGACCAAGUUGAAUGCACGCCUGGAGAAGCUGGAGUAUCCACGGGGAGAGAUUGUCUAUGUGAGAUCGCUGGGACAGGGCGCAUUUGGACGUGUGUUUCAGGCCAGGGCGCCGGGCUUGGUUUCAGGCAAGGAGGAUCUUCUUGUGGCCGUCAAGAUGCUCAAGGAUGAUGCCAGUGACCAGAUGCAAACGGACUUUGAGCGGGAGGCCUGCUUGCUGGCCGAAUUUGAGCAUCCCAACAUUGUGAAGCUGCUGGGCGUCUGUGCUUUGGGUCGUCCAAUGUGUCUGCUGUUUGAGUACAUGUCGCCGGGAGAUCUCAGCGAAUUCCUGCGCGCCUGCUCGCCAUAUGCGACCCACCAGGCACAGCUGAGGAAUCGUCAGCAUCUGGAUGAGCUGCAGCUCCUCCACAUGGCCGCGAAUGUCGCCUCGGGCAUGCUGUAUCUGUCCGAGCGCAAGUUUGUUCAUCGCGACUUGGCCACACGCAAUUGCCUCAUCAACGAGCAGAUGCAGGUGAAGAUCGCUGACUUUGGGCUGUCACACAAGAUCUAUCUACAGGAUUACUACAAGGGCGAUGAGAACGAUGUCAUUCCCAUACGCUGGAUGCCAAUUGAGAGCAUUCUGUACAACAAGUUCUCGCUGGAAUCGGAUGUCUGGGCAUUUGGCAUCUGCCUCUGGGAGAUCUUCUCCUUUGCUCUGCAGCCCUAUUACGGUCUCACCCACGAGGAGGUCAUCAAGUACAUCAAGGAGGGCAACGUGCUCGGCUGUCCGGACAAUACGCCCCUCUCCGUUUACGCCCUGAUGCGUCGCUGCUGGAAUCGCAAGCCGAGCGAGCGUCCCGGAUUUGCGGAGAUUAAUCAUUGCAUACAGCAUAGCAUUGCGGAAUGCGAGUGCAAGGCGAUGCUCUAGGAAUCACAUCUGGAUGUCGCCAACAAAACUGAAAAUCAAAUCGAAAAUAUUCCGUCACGUUGAAGACAUUUGAAAUGAAUCCGUAUCCGAAACCGAAAUGCUCUCCAGUUGUCUUCCGGAGCAUAAGCACAAAACAAUGAAACCAUGGACUAGCUACCAGGAACAUUUACUAUAUACACACUAUAUAUAUACAAAGAAGCAGGUCCCCAUCUCAAAUUCUGUUGUAUUUAUAAUCGACAUCUGUUUCUGUUCAAUUAUGUCUAUUGUAUUUUUUAGCGUUCAUUUCAUUAAGAAGAAUUCAGGAGUUAAGAGUUUAUUGUUUGGUAGAGAUACUAUUACAUGGUUUAUAGAAACCUAUGCAUUAAUAACAAUAUGAUUAUUAUGAUAUUAUAUUACUUUCCACAACGAACGCAACAAGUCAGCCAUUUUAUUGGUAUUCGUACUCUCAUAUCUAGUCCGUAGCGAACAUAAGUUUAAAAUAUAUUAUAUUAACAAACUCAUAUACAACAACAAAUAUGCAUAUAAAUAUAUACAUCUAUAUUAUAUCGUAUAUGUAAUUUGGAUUAAAUUCCAAUCGGUUUUUACUAGGUAUAAGCAUACAGUAGAGUCAAAAUAUCACUAAAGAGAUGCACACAACACUCUUGGAAACGAAUCACAAACACCGAUGACCAUCAAAACAAUAAGGAAUAUUGAUAUAUGAAAUAUGAAAUAUUUAGAGAACUGUCUACAGCCUCAAUUUCUUAGGACAUUUACAUAAUAAUCUUGUAUCAAACAAACAAAUGUUGAUGUAAUUUGUAUAAUAUACUUUACGCAAUCAAAA